UGUCAUCACGCACGCUACCUUGCUACCGCCAUGUUGAGUACCGAACGCUAAGCUCCGUGGCGCUUUCUUUCAGACCAGAAUGGAUCGUUCUCAUUUAAAUCCCCACGAACUUAAACGAUACAACGAAAAAAUCGCUGUUAUUGGAUGCGAUCCAUACGAAGUUCCUGCAGACUGUUUUCAACACCUUUCAUCAACUGACAGGCUUCCAGAUUUUUCCUUCCACGACUUAUACAUAUAUCUGAUACACAACCCGUCUUCAUACACCGGGGAAAGUCUGAAAGCUUUUAAAACCACGGAUGCCUAUCGAUAUUUCACGGCUGGCUGGGUCAUUGACCCGAAAAUAUGGUAUCAGAAGAACAAGAAAAUAUUCUUGUGUAAAGCAAAGGUAAGUCGUGUUCUACUGAUCUUUAUGCUUGAUGUAAACAGCGGCUAACACUGUUAGCAUUGCAAAGGGGUAAGCUAGGAUCAUUUAAAUCAUCCACUGAAACAUAGAGCAGGACUAAUGAUUAAUGCAAGAGUGAUGUUAAGGUCCCAAAUAAACAAUUUUGAAAUUUCAAGGGGUGGGUGAACGAACAUCAAGCUCCUGACUGUUGCAAAAAGUCACUCUCAGGCCAUAAAUGCCACACCCACACAACCCUGGGUUGUUGUCAGAGAGGAUGGGACAGUGCUAAUGGCUCACUGCACCUGUAAAGCAGGAUUGGGUGAAGCAUGCUCCCAUGCAGCUGCACUGAUGUAUGCACUACUGGCAGCAGUCAAUGUCAAAGAUGGACAGUCCAGCACUCAGAAGGCCUGUGCCUGGGUCAUUCCAGGCAAAACAUCUCAAAUCCAGUAUGAGGAACUGAGCAAAAUAUCAAUGACCAAGAAGAAUAAAUCAAAAUCCACUACACUGCCCAGCAUUCCUGUCCCUUCAGAGGAUGAAUACAUGAGGUUCUUCCAACAGCUGCAUGAGUGUGAUGUCCAGGAAGGAAAUCCCAACGGAACGGCUAUUUUGUCUGUCAUCGCGGGUCACUCUGACAAAUACAUACCAAAGACUGUCCAACUGAACUUGCCACAACCUCUGACAAGUCUCUUCUCGAAUGCAAGAUUACAAGCAGAUUUAUCAUCACUACUGGUAGAGAGUGAAAAGGUCUUUGAUGAUCUUCAGCUAACGGAAAAAGAGUCAUUUUCAGUAGAAAAGGCAACUAGAGAACAGUCAGCCAGCAAGGUGUGGUUUGAGCCAAGAGCAGGCAGAGUCACAGCAUCGGUCUUCCAUGAGGCAGGCAGGACGGACAGUGCCAUAUCCUUGAUUAAAAGGAUUUGUUACCCUCGAUCCUGUCAGGAUUCUUCUGAGGCAGUGAGAUGGGGAAAUCUAAAUGAGCCAGUAGCAAGGAUACAUUACAUCAAAGCCUUGCAAGGUCAUCACACAGAUUUCCAGGUGACAACAGCAGGCCUCAUCAUCAACACAUCUUUGCCAUGGAUUGGUGCAUCGCCAGAUGGGAUCAUUACAUGUGUCUGCCAUGGUAAAGGUGUGCUUGAAAUAAAAUGUGCCUUUACCCUCAAAAAUAGCUCUCUUGCCAACAGCUGUAACACUGACACAAACUUCUGUCUAGUGGAAAAGGACAAUGUGAUGACACUGAAGGCAAAUCACAAAUACAUGUCACAAGUUCAAGCCCAAAUGCGUAUUGCAGGUGUACAGUAUUGUGACUUUGUUGUGUGGAGUCCCACUGAAACGUUUAUACAACGCAUUCAGUUUGAUGACGUGUUCUUCAGUGAGACGUACAGCAGAGUAGUGCAGUUCAUCAAAACUAGACUUCUGCCAGAACUUUUGGGAAAGUACUACACGGUACCACGCACAGUGGUCUCCCCAAUCUCAGAGAAACAGCCACAUACAGGAUGCUACUGUGGUGAACCACAGGGAGCUCCAGAGGAUGUAGUCAUCUGCGCAUCAAAACUAUGCAAGCGAGGACACUUUCACAGGUCUUGCUUGCAGAUGACAAGGGUUCCAAAAGUGUGGAAAUGUUAUGAAUGCAGGAAGAUAAAGCCAAACUGAGGAACUACACUGUUAUACAACAGACAUUGUACAAAGCUAACAUAACAAAAAGAUAUUCAAUAAUAUUUAGCCUAAGGUUUUGUUUCCUUUUGUUCUGAUGCCAGAGUUUUCCACUUAUAAACAUGGUGUCAUUCCAGUAAUCCCACUUCGGGUUAUUUUCCAACUAAGUCGAAAUACCUUAUUAUUAAGGUACUGCGAUUGUCUUGUGAUCUUUUAAAGUUGUGUUUAACCUGCCUUCUUUAUUCCCUAUUGUUCUUAUUCUAAUGAUAUGCUUGAAAUAAA